AUGUCGUGGGUCAAGGGUCGGCAGUUGGUGCUCGGCUAUCGUGUUGACACACAUCAUGCUGAUCGACAGCAAGUCGGAAUGGACACUGUACGCUGGCUACGAGGCAUCGACUGCCUGCGUGGCCGGAAGUCCACGGCUCGUAUAGUGCAUUCAAGCUUUCACGACGACACACGUCGCCAUCUCGUUCAGAAUGACGAGUCGCGCUGCGUCGUCUGCGAGAAGAGAGCACAAACAAGUACCCGUACACGUUUUUAUCCCGUCCGCUUCCCGGUGAACGUGGCUGGAAUCGUGUUUGGCGUCGAUUUUGAAAUUUGA